UGCCGGCCCGGGCCCCUCACGCUGCCCGCGCUGCGGGAGCGGCUGCUCGCCGGCUCUCCCCCUCGCUGAAGACAUGGCAUUUUACAGAAGCUCAGAUAAGCAGGGAGUCCAUAAUAGAAUAUAAUGUUUCCAUCAGGGUCUUGUCGUGGCAACAACCUGCAGCCGUAAAGCGACUUUAAUUCUCUGAGAGGAAGACCGGCGACAGCUGUCGUUUCACUGUGUACUGUAAUAUAUGAGAUUCUGCCCUGAAAACCCUGGAGGUGGCAUUUGUCUGGUCUGGUUGUAAAUAAUGAGAUAGAUCACAAUGGAUUUCAGUUCCUCAUCCGUGUUUGACCAGCACAAAGCUGAUGCAGCAGAAGAGAUCGACUUGGCUGUGGUUUACCAAGCAGCUGCUAAUGGAGAUGUGAACACCCUGACUGCAGUGAUCCGAGAGGAUCCUUCCAUCCUGGAGUCUUGUGACAGAGAGGGUUGCACACCUUUGAUGCAUGCUGUGUCAGGACGCCAGGUUGACACAGUGAAGCUUUUGUUGAAGAUGGGAGCCAAUAUUAAUACUCAAGAUGCUUGUGGACGUACCAGUUUAUCUCUGGCAACUUAUUUGGGCUGGCUGGAGGGCUGUGUCAGCCUGCUCAGGAAUGGUGCUAAGCAGAACAUACCUGACAAAAACGGGAGGUUGCCGCUACAUGCUGCCACCGCAGAGCCUGACGUGAGGCUUCUGAGCUUGCUUCUGCAGCAAUCAAAUCUUAGUGAAAUUAAUCACCAGGACAAUGAGGGAAUGACUUCACUCCACUGGGCCGCAUUCCACAACAGGCCCCAGCACACCCAGACUCUGCUGCACAAGGGAGCAGACCCAACUCUGGUGGACAAGGACUUCAAAACAGCUCUGCACUGGGCAGUACAGAGUGGCAACAGGAUUCUGUGUUCCAUCAUUCUGGACCACUGGCAGGGACCAUCAAUAAUAAAUUGUGAUGAUGAGAAUGGCAAAACAUGCAUGCACAUUGCUGCUGCUGCAGGCUACAGUGAUAUCAUCAGUGAGCUGGCUAAAGUCCCAAAGUGCAACCUGCAGGCCCUUGAUGUGGAUGACAGGACUCCUUUGCACUGGGCUGCAGCAGCAGGGAAAGCUGACUGUGUGCAGACACUGCUAGAACUGGGGAUAGACAGCAGCCCUCGAGACAUCAAUGAGAACACUCCUCUGACAUAUGCAAUAUACUGUGGGCACACUGCAUGCAUCAAGCUGCUGUCUCAGGAGAGCAGUAGAUCUGAGUCAGUUCAUAAGUUUCCCUCCCAGAACAACAAACUUAUAAAGAAAGAAGGACGAUUCGGUAUGCUGAACCAUAUCUUCUCUUGCAAGAGGAAGAAAGAUGAUCAGAAAACCAGUAAGAAGGAGAGAAACAGGGGUCAAUUUCCUGGAGAAGAGACCUCAGAAGUAGAUGAUAUCAUCACCCGUUUUGAUUGCAUUAUGAACAAAAAUUGCAAAGACAUUCCAGAUGAGUGUAAGAGCACGCCUGAAUUUAAAAGAAAGAGCACAGACACUAAGUACCUCAUACCAGAAAAGAAGCCAUCAGUAUGUCAGGGACUCCCACCCAUACCCACCCAGACCUUCCCCCCAAUCACUGCAGGCAAUUCCUUCCUAACUGCUUCCCAGAGCAAAAUAUCAAGCUUCUGUUCCAGCUCUAGUACCCACCAUUUUCCAUGCAAAUCUCAAAAGAGUAGGAGUGAGCACAACUUGCUGGACAACACAGAUAGCUGCCACGUUUUGCUGGAUGAUCCCUGGAACACAGACUCUAACCAAAGACUCUCUUACAACGUCUGUACUAGAACUUCUUCAGACAAAUUGAUGAAUGGCUUAAACUCUGAUAGAUCCCUGUGCCCUCCCUGCCUUCCCUCACUUCCCAGUUCUCCAUCAGGUAGAAGUUUUCAACAGAUGUCCAUAGACCAGCAGAAAAUGAAAAAUACUCCUGUACAGAACAGUCUAGCUCCAAUACCAAACCACAGUGCCCACAAAAAUAUUCCCAGGGCCAAAGACCCCUCACGUGGCUUCUUGAGUCUCCACAGCACAGACUGCAUCCCCUGUUCUGCAUGCUGCUACUUCAUCCCCCACACACUCUUUCUAUCUCCACAUGGAAUGCUUCCAACGCCCCCUGGAAAACAGGCUGUCACACACUCCUUAAAAAAUGUCAAAAUAAUUUUUCAAACAAAUAUGGGACUUCUAGAGAACUCUCUGCUGCUGUCACUUCUCCAUUUAGUUAAGAAGGUCUGAUGUUUCUGGAGACAUAAGAGGAGACAACAUGUGUCUGAUACACAAAAAAGUGACAUUAUUACUUGCUGGGAAAAAAGCCAACAACAAAUUUAAAAAACAAAUUUAAAAUCUGUUUCUACGGGUCAUUUAACAGUGUUUAUGGAGAUCUGUGGUUGUUUUUGACAUUAUUCGUCAUGAUUUGAAGUUUCUUCUUUCCCAAGUUAACAGCAAAGCAUUCCACAAAGCACCCACAUCUCUGCAGAAAGGUGCUGCAGUCCACUGCUUGCAAAGGAGGGGAGUCUAAGACCUGUUCUUCUGCUGGACUCCAUACUUCUCGGGCAAUGCCUUUCUGACGGCCUUAUUUUUGCCUCUGCAGUUUGUAAUAAAAACUACUCCAGAGUCUACUGAGUGGAAAAGGCUUCCUGAACCAGUAGCUCCUUUGUACCACUAGGUCUUCAGUGGCCAAUUCUGCUCUCCCCAUGUCAGUCAUUAAUGGUGUUUUUGCUUUAUGUAGCUCCUGGGUCCUUAAGGGCUCUGCCUCCCACAGAUCCCAGCUCUGGGUCUGGGCUCAUGUGUUUCAGCACAUGUACUAACACUAGUCAUUAUAUGCAUUGUUUCAGAGCUAUGCAUGUACCAAUCCUGAAAUCGUAUAUCCAAUAAACUGAGCACAGUAUGUGGGACUGUGUGGGAAGUAAUGGUGUUUGGAUUCUUUGAACGAGCAUGAGUUUGUGAUGGCUGCUCUGUCAUGGGUUGAAGUUAAGCUUUUGGCCUACUUAAAUCCAUAAUUUAAAGCUUUUAAUGAUGUACAUAAAAUACAUAAAGCUUUAUGGAUAUUUUUCAUACAGACAUGAACUUUGAAUAUAUUAACAAUGACUGUUCCAAAGAGAAAUACUAGUGAGGCUCUCAAAAUUUGGUUUGCACACCAAAAUUUUUUGAGUGAACUCAUAGCAUUCUACCAUGCGCAAGAAAAUAUAUUAAUAUUAUGAUCACAUUUUUCAAGUACAGGCUUGAGUACACACAGUAAGAGACAACAGCUCAAAGGAAGAUGCAAAAUCAUUUGUAAAAAUUCCAUGCUUUUCACUUUCUGUGCACUUUCUCUUUUUUUUUUUCCCUAUUUUCUAUUUCCUA